AUGAGCUCCCAAGAGAAAAAACCUGUCGUUCAGGAAGAAAUCACAGAGACCCAAUUGGAAUCACAAACAAGUGUGUUGGACUUCAAAUCAGAUUCCCUUAUUGACGAAUAUGAAGGUCAAAAAAAUCCUCAAUUGGAGAAGAAAAUGUUGCGUAAAAUGGAUAUGGUGAUCUUACCAAUCAUCGGAUGGGUCUAUUUGAUUGCUUACUUGGACCGUUCAAACAUCGGUAAUGCCGCUUCUGCUGGUUUGAUUGAAGAUUUGAAUUUAUCACCAUCAAACUAUAGUGCUGCAAUUAGUUUAUUCUAUGUGACUUAUAUCUUGGUGGAAACUCCAUGUACAAUUCUUUUCAAAAAAGUUAAACCUGCUGUGAUGCUUGCAACACUAACAUUUUCUUGGUCUUUGGUUGGUAUCUUUUCUGGAUUUGUUAAAAACUUUAGUGGGAUUGUUGUUAUUAGAUUAUUACUUGGUUUGAUUGAAGGUGGGUUAUUCCCUUGUUUAACAUUAUAUUUGGCUACAGUUUACCAAAGAAACGAACUUGCUUAUAGAGUGUCAUAUUUGUUUAGUGCAGCUGCAUUGGCAGGUGCUAUUGGUGGUUUACUAGCUUAUGGGUUGUUACAAAUGGAUGGUUUGCAUGGGUUAAAAGGUUGGCAAUGGCUAUUCAUCAUUGAAGGUUGUAUAUCCAUCACUGGUGCUAUUCUAGUCCUAGGUGCUUUACCAAAUAAUAUGGAAAAGGCUUGGUUUUUAAAUGAUGAGGAAAGAGCUUAUUAUUCAAUGAGAAAACGAGUUCAUGAACAUAACUUGUUGAAAGACCAAGAAAAGGAAAAAGAAGGUUCCCAAGAUGUUAAAGCUGCUUUUAAAGAUCCAAAAGUUUAUCUCUCAGCUAUUAGUCAAUUUUGCGCAGAGGUUGUGUUUUAUGGAUUUUCAACCUUCUUACCUCAAAUUGUUAAAGCAAUGGGUUAUACAACUUUGAAAACUCAACUUUUAACUAUUCCUAUCUAUGUUGUCGGAUCCAUAUCAUUCAUUAUGAUUGCAACUGUCUCAGAUUAUUUCAAAAGAAGAUUACCUUUCUUAAUACUCGCUGCUUGUUUCCCAAUCAUUGGUUAUAUCAUGUUGCUUGCCUCCAAUAGUAACUCAGUUAGAAUGUGUGGUGUCUACAUAUUAACAGUUGGAGCUUUUGCUGGUCCUGGAUUGAACUUGAGUUGGUUGAACAAUAACACUGCUGGACACUUGAAAAGAGCUACUUCUGUUGGGAUACAAUUAUCACUUGCAAAUGUUGCCGGUGUUGUUAUAGGUCAAAUUUAUAGAUCAAAUGAUGCUCCAGAGUAUAAAUUGGGUCAUGGAUUCUCAUUGGGUUGUAUUUCUUUUGCUAUUAUUUCUUAUGCUGCUCAAGGAUUAUAUCUUAGAAGUAAAAAUAUUGAAAAAAGAGAUCGUUUGUUGAAUGGGACUUCAAAGCCUGAUGCUAGAGGUGAUAAUUCAGAUAGUUAUACCUAUUUCCUUUGA